UUGGCGCCUUUUUCUAAAUUUAAAAAAGAUAUUUUAAAAGUAACGACUAUUUUGUUUUGACACAUUUUUAUCAGCCAAAUGUCACAUUGUGAUUAUGAUACAAUAUUUUAUAGAGUAUUCUGUGCAACGGUAUUAGGUAUAGCAUUUACAUUCACAGUUAUUUUGACUAAUGUCUUCAUUGAUAUUGAUGGGUUGUUAUCAAAGAAAGACACCGUCACGGAGUCCACAUCCAACUUUGAAAGUUACAGAACAGAAGAUGUUAAGAAUGAUGUUCAAUAUGAUGAUGGGAGUGAUGACGCAGAUCCGUAUAGGGGUAAAAGAUCAAUAGAACCCGACAACUUUUUGUUUCAAGUUAAAAACCCAAACAUAAAGAAAAUGUUAACAAACAAACUAGCAAAUUUACUUGAAGAAUUGGACGAAGAAGAAUCAACGAAAACGAACGGUAAUGUUAGACAGCCGAAAGAAGACACAGAAAAUAUUGAUAAUAAUCAAAAAGAUAAAAAUACAGAGCAAAAUAAUGAUAACAUGCUGCACUUAGCAAUGCACAAUAUUCUUUUACAAGGUAUUAUUGGUCAUAUGGAUUUAAACAAUGUGUACAAAAAGGUGCACCUCCUUGUCAAGAAUUUUUACGAACAUAACACCGAAGCGCCUAAGAAUGCUAUAAAAACUUCAAAGGAAAUACCAGAAUAUACAAAGCAAAAUGAAGAAGAAAAGUUUUUUGAAGAGCUCUUGAAAUGUAAAACUUUAAAGAACCAAGUCAAUGAUAUAAAAAAUAAUAGCCAACAAAUUAAUACACAGAAAGAACCUAAAGUAGUAAUUAAAACAGUUAUUGAAAUAAAUGAUAAAGGAAAACUUCAGAGAGACAAUAGCUCACACAAUAACGAUAUCAUAGGCUUAAUUAAACUUAUAUAUAACGGAAAGUCAAUAAAAAUUGAAAAACUUGAAGAUUCAUACGUAAAAUCGGGCAAUGACAAUGACGGACAAAUGACUUCAAAUGCGCAAAAAUCAAACAAAAAGUCGACAUAUUUUACUGGCAUUCCUCCUAUUCCAGAGAAACAACUGUCUGAUCCAAAUUGGAAUAAAAUUAUCGAGAAUUACCUGAAACAAUACCCAGUCGGUAAAGAUUUUGUAAAAAAUAUAGAAAAUAAAAUAAACCGAAAAAAACGACAAAUUAAAAUUCAUUACCUCGAUAGCAAACACGCAACUGAUAAACCUAAAACUGCUGAAAAAAUUAAAAAAGAUGAUGAAGAAUUAUAUAUUGAAAUUGAAACACAUUUUGAUGGUAAAGGUAUUAAAGGGGAAAAGAAAAAGAAGUUAGUUCGAAGUCUUAUCGAUAAAAUUCAAAAGGCAAUUCACGAUGACGGGCACACUACAACUCAUAAGAAGAGUAUGUCAAAUCACAUUAAAAUCAUGAAGAGGAACCAAGAUCCAAUCAAAAUGAAAAAUGACUUUUUCUUAAGCAAAAUUGUUCCAGCAAUCCGCGAUAUUGAACAUAGACAAUUAGAUCCUAUUAACAAUAUAAUAUCUCCUAUUUAUGAUAAUUUCAAUUAUAACAGUGAUAGAAUUUGGAAUUCGAAAGUAGUAUCCCCAAAAGUUUACUCAAGACCACCACUAGAUGCCGUUGAAAUGGGCAACUUUCUAGUGAACUACAAUAAUAAAAUAUCUAAAAGGGACCAAAAACCAAUAACUAUUGAAGAAAACAGAUUUAAAAAUACAGAUAAUGAUCUAAACAACGUUACAUUUUAUUUGAAAGAUAUUGAUGGCUCUGGGUUUUCAGUUGGUUUCAAUCAAUAUGUUGAUGAGCCACCAGACAUGGAAAGCUUAAAACUUUUCAAUGGUGUAGAAAAUCUUAUUCAAGAAUAUCAUAAUACUUAUGACAACUCUAAUAAAGUUGAUAAGGUCUCAGUCAACGUAAAUAAUGAAAAAGUAGAGAAGUAUAUUGAAAGAGAACAAGAAAGUAUAUCAAAUUCUCAUGUUUUUCGGCGAUCAGUCAACAAUGACCCAAAUUUAAAUUAUUCGUAUAAAAAAUUUAUUAAAAAAUUAAUCAAACCAUUAAAUUACUAUAAACCCUGGAAAUUCAAUGGCAAAUCAUCAAACAGAAUAUUUAGGAAUAGAAAAUAUAAGACUAGUCGCUCGCCCGGUACAAUAAAUGUUGUGUCGAAACCAAUUAAAAUAAAUGAUUUAUCUGUUGCUUUUAUAAACAACUAUUAUAAUGAGAUACCAAAAAAAUAUAAAGUGGAUUCUUUGGAAAAUACAUUAAAAAGACGUAAACGAUCGGUAAGUGUGAAAAAAAUAUCAAACCUUAAUUCUAAAAUUAAAUUAAAUAGAUUUAUAAACAUCAAUCCUAAAUUUACUAAAAAAACAUUCAAACCUAGUAAAAGGAACAAAAGAGAAUUGAAUAAAAUAAGAAUUAUAGCUAGAGAACGAUCUAAGGGAAAAAAAUCAAAUGAAGAAAAUGUAAUUUUAUUAUCACCAAGUGAUGUGUACUCGAAGACCAAAGGAAACAUACCAGAAACAGAUGCAAGUGAUACCCAAAACAGUGACACGGUACCAUUUUCUGAAUUCCUUAAUUUAAACUAUCCCAACCAACCAUUAAUUGAUGAAUAUCGCAAUGAACCUCAAACUUUGUCUAUGCCUCAAUAUCCUCAUAUAUUUUUUGAAGAACAGACGUCAAGAGAAUAUUCGAGAGAGGAUAUCUCUGUAAAACCUUAUAGAAUUCAAGCUAAGCCAAAUGUCAGACAACUAACCAACCAACCAUCUGAAGUUAUAACUGAACGAUCUUCAGCUGUUUUUUCUAAUGUAAAGCUACCAGGUGUUGAAGAAAUUGUCAACGCUAUUUUACCACCCAAAUCCAAUUAUAAGGUCACUGUUAAAAUAUCACCGAAAAAUACAUCUGGUAUUCACAAUGGUUUCAAGGAAGUUCACACAAGUGUAAAUAAAAGUUACGACCGGAACGGUUUCCGUUAUUUUUCGUUAUUAAAUGUAUCACAGUUUUCUAAAGUUGAAAAUGUUAAUGAAAGUAACAUCAUGCCUGAAAAUAGAAGAAACAUACCAUUCACACCUGUUAAUAACGAAUUGAAAGAAAAAGAAAAACAAAUACAAACUUUAUUUCAAUUUCAUAAAAAGAGAAUUGAUUCACAGUUAGAUAAUUUGAAACAAGAAAAAACAUUUAUAGAAAAUAUAUUACAUAAAAAGGAGAUAUAUGAGGACACUACAAUUGAAACAAAUGAAAAUUUUAGAGAUCCAGAUAACAUAAUAAAUGUAAUAAGAAAAAUUGAAAAACCACGUACUACCACUCCUAAAACAUUUUGCACAGUAACACAAGCUGUUCAAACUAAGGAAAGAAAACAACCCGUUGACCAAGAAAAGAAAAUUCUAAUAAGCACAAUACAAAACAAUGAGCAAACUACGAAGGAGAUUUUAAAGAAAAUCGAUAUUAAUACAGACUUACUGCGACAAUUCCUACACAAAUUAACUUUACAAACAAUAUCAUCGACGACAGAACAUUUUGCUAGAGUAUAUGAAGUUAAUAAUUAUUACCAUCAAAAAGACUUACGGAAUAGUUCCGAAAAUAAACCAAUUUCAUUACCACAGAAUCAUUACGCGGAGGAAAUGGUUAAGCAUAAAUUUUCGACUCAAAAACCGGAUUUUCAGAUAAGAAACAACCAGUCAAGAUUCUUCAUAGACGAUCUAGAAGAUUACAACUCGGUUUCCGCUACUAUUAAAAUUAAUACUACUCGUUUGUAAAUAUUAU